AUGGCAGACGGUGCGUUGAAGAAAUUGGAGUACUUCUCGUUGAUGUCGAAGGUGUGUACGGAGUUGGAGACUCAUCUAGGGUUUCGUGGCGAGGCGUUGGCCCUGUUAGCGGAGUUCGUGAUCGACAUCGGGAGAAAUUGCGCGACGGCAGAAGAACUCGUCGCGAAUCUGAAAGAGAAGAACGCCGAUCUCCCCGAUUACCUCGUGGGGACUCUGUUCGCCGUGAUUCGCGCUAUUUUGCGGGCAGAGGUUUCGGAUUUGGAGAUGAAGGAUGUGGAUCGGAGCUAUUCGUUACCCUCGAAGAAGUUGAAGACGAGCGAUGACGACAACGACGAUAAGAGAUCAAACCCUUUCGGAAGGAUUAACGACGACGAUGAUGAUGUUGAUUAUGACGACGUGCCGUCGUCUAGGGCUUUACGGAGGAUGAGUUCCCCCGAGAGGUGGGAGGCGAAGCAACUGAUUGCGUCAGGCGUUAUGAGCCUGAACGAUUAUCCUACGUUUGUCGAUGACGAGGGAGAUCGUUACGCAGAAAAGGAGAUCGAGAUCGAGCUGAACGAAGACGAACCGGCCUUUUUGCAGGGUCGGAUUAGGUAUUCAAUCGACAUGUCACCCGUGAAGAUAUGCAAGAACCCCGAGGGAUCGUUGAGCCGCGCAGCCGCGCUUCAAUCGGCUCUGACGAAGGAGAGGAGGGAAGUUAGUCGACAACAGCAACGAGCGAUGUUGGAUUCGAUUCCAAAGGAUCUGAACCGUCCGUGGGAGGAUCCAAUGCCGGAACGAGGCGAGAGGCAUCUUGCGCAGGAACUGAGAGGAGUUGGUCUGUCCGCGCACGAUUUGCCGGAGUGGAAGAAGGAUGCGUACGGCAAAUCCGUAACGUUUGGACAAAAAUCGAAGCUUUCGAUUCAGGAACAGAGGAGAAGCCUGCCCAUCUACAAGCUGAAGAAUGAAUUGGUCCAGGCUGUCAUCGACAAUCAAGUCCUGGUUGUGAUUGGCGAGACGGGGUCUGGAAAGACGACACAGGUAGCGCAGUAUCUGGCCGAGGCGGGGUACACCGCCAAGGGUAAAAUAGGAAUUACUCAGCCUCGUAGGGUGGCUGCCACCUCUGUGGCCAAACGGGUCGCUGAGGAAUUUGGGUGCCGGUUGGGUGAAGAAGUUGGAUACUCCAUCCGUUUCGAGGAUUGCACUGGUCCCGAGACCGUAAUCAAGUACAUGACCGAUGGUAUGCUUCUUAGGGAGAUUCUGGCGGACGAGAAUUUGUCCAAGUACUCUGUGAUCAUGCUCGACGAAGCACACGAGAGGACGGUUGGCACGGACGUACUCUUCGGAUUGUUGAAGCAGCUCGUGGGACGGAGACCUGAAUUGAGAUUGAUCGUCACGUCCGCAACCCUCGACGCAGAAAAGUUUUCCGGGUAUUUCUUCGACUGCAAUAUCUUCACCAUUCCUGGAAGAACAUUCCCCGUGGAAAUAUUCUACACGAAGCAGCCGGAAAGUGAUUACCUCGAUGCAUCUUUGAUUACCGUGUUGGAGAUUCAUUUAUCCGAGCCCGAAGGCGAUAUACUCCUCUUCUUGACCGGUCAAGAGGAGAUAGAUUACGCAUGUCAGUGUCUUCACGAUAGGAUGAAGGGUUUAGGUAAAAACGUACCCGAGCUAAUUAUUCUGCCGGUUUACAGCGCGCUGCCUAGUGAAAUGCAGUCGAGAAUAUUUGAGCCUGCACCUCCCGGAAAAAGGAAGGUAGUGGUCGCUACGAAUAUAGCCGAAGCUUCACUGACGAUCGACGGGAUAUUCUACGUCAUCGAUCCAGGGUUUGCGAAGCAAAACGUGUACAACCCUAAAAUGGGGCUCGAUUCUUUGGUGAUAACUCCGAUAUCGCAGGCGUCCGCAAAGCAGAGAGCAGGACGAGCGGGGCGUACUGGACCGGGUAAAUGCUACCGUCUCUACACGGAGAGCGCUUUCCGCAGCGAAAUGUCUCCGACUAGCAUACCGGAGAUUCAGAGGAUUAAUCUUGGACCGACUGCUCUUACGAUGAAAGCUAUGGGGAUCCACGAUUUAUUUUCUUUCGAUUUUAUGGACCCGCCUUCGCAUGAGGCCCUCGUUUCUGCCAUGGGACAGCUGUACAGCUUAGGAGCUCUCGAUGAAGAGGGGUAUCUCACAAAGUUGGGCAGUAGAAUGUCAGAAUUCCCGAUGGACCCUCCCCUGUCCAAGAUGCUUAUCGCCAGCGUGGAUCUCGGCUGUAGUGACGAGGUUUUGACCAUCAUCGCAAUGAUUCAGACGAAGAAUAUCUUUUACCGGCCGAGGGAGAAACAAACACAAGCGGACCAGAAGAGAUCGAAAUUUUUCCAGGCCGAGGGAGACCACUUGACGCUGCUCGCCGUUUACGAGGCUUGGAGAUCGAAAAACUUCUCGAUUCCGUGGUGCUACGAGAAUUUCGUUCAAUCCCGAUCGUUGAUCAGGGCACGCGACGUGAGGAAGCAGCUUCUUUCGAUUAUGGACAGGUACAAGUUGAAAGUUUCGAGUGCCGGCAGGAAUGUUACAAAGAUUAGGAAAGCUAUAGCUGCCGGUUUCUUCUUCCAUGCAGCGAGGAAGGAUCCGCAGGAAGGUUACCGUACACUAGCGGAUAAUCAGGUGGUGUAUAUAGACCCGAGUAGUGCUCUUUUCCGGAGACAACCGGAUUGGGUUAUUUAUAAUGAGCUUGUGAUGACUACGAAGGAGUACAUGCGCGAUGUCACUGCCGUUGAUCCCAUGUGGCUUGCUGAGCUGGCGCCGAGGUUUUUUCGGGUUGCGGAUUCGAAGAGGAUUAGCAAGCGCAAGAGACAAGAGCGGAUUGAGCCGCUUUACGAUCGGUACAACGAAGCUGACUCGUGGCGGUUGAGCCGAAGGCGUGCUUAGGACUACUUGUUUGAGGAAGUUGUAGCAUUGGAGAUUCAUUAGGUCUACACAUUAUUUGUAGUUGUAUUGGAUUAUAAUAAACAAAAUUAUAUAUAUUUAUUUAUGAAAAUAUGUUUAUGAUUUGAAGAAGUGCAGAUUUGUUUGUGGAUUUAAUGUUUUUUUAAUGUAGAUAUUAAAAAGUGAUUUAUUUAAAAACAGAAGUUAUGGAUUGUGAGUUAAGUUAGUUUUAAGUGUUUAUUUCUAGCUUAAAGUUGCUUGUUUUAAUAGAAGUAAAAUCAAAAGUUCAAUUUGCAAACACUUAAAAAUAGAUUAUAAGCAAAAAUACUCAUAAUCUAUUUGUAAAAGCUUAAACUUAAAACUUAAAAGUGAUUUUUAAUUGGGCCCAUUCAGAAAAUAUGUAAAAAUUGAAGGACCGGAAAAUAACUUUGUCGUAGAUAUGAAUUAAAUAUUAAAUUAAAUAUUUCCGAUGACCAAUCUAUUUGUCUUCUUCGUUACGAACCGACCGACGGUUGGUGGUCUGAAUUUCAUCUCUUUCAUUAUUAGUAACUUAAUUGAUCUCUCUCUC